CGAAACGGAAUUUUAGAGUUUCAAUUCGACUUACUAACGUUGAGAGUGUAAUGCGGCAAUGGAAACAGUUGGGAGAGGUCUUGGUGGCGGCCUCUAUCACCAACACGCUAUCCCACUCUCACUCUGCAACGCUCAAUCUCCCACGCGCCGUCGCUCUCGGACUCACCCAGCCCCUUGUUCUGAGAAUCCUUUCCAACCAAUCGAUUCACCCUUCGCAAAAGCUUCGUUUCUUCGAAUGGGCCCGCUCCCACCACAACCCUUCCCCGGCCGCGUACUCCCUCGUCCUCCGCUCCCUCUCCGGCGGCGGAUUCUUCUCCGACAUCCCCUCCGUUCUGCAUUCCAUGACGCAAGACGGCGUCGUUCUCGAUCCCCACUCCCUCAACCUUCUCCUCCACUCCUUCAUUCUCUCCUCGAACUUCAGUUUAGCUUUCCAAUUAUUAGAUUACGUGCAGCACCUUCACCUCGAUGCCACCACAAUCUACAAUACCCUCAUCGCUGCUUUACUCACAAAACACCAACUCUCUUUCGCGUUAUCCAUCUUCUUCAAGCUCCUCGACGCCGUCGAUUCGAAGUCCAUCGUGUGCAACCAAUUGUUGGUUUCUCUGAGAAAAGCAGAUAUGAGGGUGGAGUUUAAGCAAGUGUUUACAAAAUUGAGGGAGAAGAAAGGAUUUUCGUUUGAUACGUCGGGUUACAAUGUGUGUAUUCAUGCAUUUGGUUGUUGGGGUGAUUUGGCUACUUGCUUCGCGCUCUUCAAGGAGAUGAAGGACGAUGGUAAGGGGUUGGUUGCCCCUGAUUUGUGCACCUACAACAGUCUCAUCACUGCGCUUUGCAGGCUUGGCAAGGUGGACGAUGCGCUUGUUGUGUGGGAGGAGCUCAAUGGCUCAGCUCACCAACCUGAUCGCUUCACCUACACAAACCUAAUUCAUGCCUGUUGCAGAACUUUUAGAAUGGGUGAUGCCACAAGGGUUUUUAACCACAUGCAGAGCCAUGGGUUCCGUCCGGAUACGCUUGUUUAUAAUUCUCUGCUGGAUGGACAUUUUAAGGCCACCAAGGUUGUUGAAGCCUGCCAGCUGUUUGAGAAAAUGGUUCAAGAAGGGGUGAGACCUUCUUGCUGGACUUAUAAUAUUCUCAUUCAUGGGCUGCUUAGGAAUGGCAGGGCGGAAGCUGCUUAUACUAUGUUUUGUGACCUCAAGAAGAAGGGCCAAUUUGUGGAUGGGAUUACCUACAGCAUUGUUGUGUUGCAGCUUUGUAAGGAGGGUCAACUGGAGGAGGCGCUGCAGUUGGUGGAAGAAAUGGAAAGCAGAGGUUUUACUGUUGACCUUGUCACCAUAACAUCCCUGCUGAUUAGCAUUCAUAGGCACGGUCGCUGGGAUUGGACGGACCGGCUUAUGAAGCAUAUCAGAGAAGGUAAUUUGGUACUUUCCGUUCUUAAGUGGAAAACUGGAAUGGAAGCUUCUAUGAAGAACCCUCCUGGAAAGAAAAAGGAUUACUCACCUAUGUUCCCUUCCAGAGGAGAUUUUAGUGACAUCAUGAGCUUCAUGACUGGUGCUCAGGAUACCACCAACAUUAAUGAUGGAGAGGAAGCUUCCUUCGAUGGGAUUGACGAGUGGUCAUCAUCACCUCACAUGGAUAAAUUGGCCAAUCAAAUGUGCUCUACUGGCUAUUCUUCCCAGCUUUUUGCUCCUUCUCGCGGUCAAAGAGUCCAAGAAAAAGGACCGGAUUCUUUUGAUGUUGAUAUGGUGAAUACUUUCUUGUCGAUAUUUUUGGCAAAGGGAAAGUUGAGCUUGGCUUGCAAAUUGUUUGAGAUUUUCAGUGAUGCAGGUGUGAGUCCAGUGAGUUAUUCUUAUAAUUCUAUCAUGAGUUCUUUUGUCAAAAAGGGUUAUUUCACUGAGGCUUGGGCUGUUCUGGCUGAAAUGGGAGAAAAAUUUUGUCCUACUGAUAUAGCUACAUACAAUAUGAUACUUCAAGGUUUAGGAAAGAUGGGACGAGCUGAUCUAGCUAGUGCUGUUCUUGAUAGGCUACUGAAGCAGGGAGGUUAUCUUGACAUAGUUAUGUAUAACACUCUCAUCAAUGCUCUGGGGAAGGCAGGCCGAAUCAAUGAGGUGAAUAAGCUCUUUGAGCAAAUGAGGAGCAGUGGAAUAAAUCCCGAUGUUGUCACUUACAAUACAUUGAUUGAAGUUCACAGCAAGGCAGGGCUAUUGAAGGAUGCUUAUAAGUUCUUAAAAAUGAUGCUGGACGCUGGAUGCACCCCUAACCAUGUCACAGACACAACUUUAGAUUAUCUUGGGAGGGAAAUUGAUAAAUUGAGAUUCCAAAGGGCAACGAUUUUGAGUGAAAAAGAUGAUCCUUCUUGAGGAGACACAGUUGUAACUUAAGUUCUGGGGAAGGGAUGAAAUUCUAGCAGUCUAUGAAAUUGGAAUCUGUAAUUUAGUUUUUGUAUUAUCUGAAUUGUGCUGUGAUCACAGCUGGUGUACUCCACGAUCAGUUCUGUUGUUGUAUUGUCUUGGCUUCUUAGCUUGCAAAUGGCUAGUCAAUGUUAUGCAUCUUCUGUUUUAAACCCAAUUA